AGCCCCUUUCUCAGACACUCUAGGGUUGGCCACUUGCCUCUGAUGCAACAGUCACGUAAGAGUCUAUAUAAGAAUAGAUGCAUAUAUUUAACAUCUCCUCAUUCUAUUAAGAGCAAGGUCAUUCAAAUAUUCUGUUAAAGGAAGAAGACAGAAGAAAGCACAAAGAAGUUAUAAGAAAGCAUAACAACAUCUUAACCAUGGGGAACAGUAAGAGUGGAGCUCUUUCCAAAGAAAUACUUGAUGACCUAAAAAUGAGCACACGUUAUUCAGAAGAAGAACUCUGUAAGUGGUAUGAGAGUUUUAAAAAGCAAUGUCCAGAUGGCAAGAUUACACGCACAGACUUUGAAAAGAUCUAUGCCAAUUUUUUUCCAAACUCUGACCCCAAGACAUAUGCCAGACAUGUUUUCCGUAGUUUUGAUACCAACAAUGACGGCACAUUGGACUUCCGGGAGUAUAUCAUCGCACUUCAUCUUACCUCUUCUGGAAAAACCAAUCUCAAACUAGAGUGGGCAUUUUCCUUGUUUGAUGUUGAUAGGAAUGGUGAAAUCAGCAAAGUUGAAGUUCUUGAAAUUAUUACAGCCAUAUUCAAGAUGAUCCCAGAACAAGAACAGAAGAAUCUGCCUGAAGAUGAAAACACUCCACAGAAAAGGGCCGACAAGUUAUGGGCCUAUUUCAAAAAGAGAGACCAUGAUAAAAUCGCUGAAGGCGAAUUCAUUCAAGGAGUUAUGAUGAAUGAUGAAAUUAUGAAGCUUAUCCAGUAUGACCCAAAGAAGUAAACACUAAAGAAAGAAGAGAAUAAGAAGAUCCUGAAGAAUGCCAAAUAGCUUAGCUUAGCUUUUUGUAUGUGGUGUUCAUAUGUUUUUCUUUCUUUGUAAUUGUGCUAUUUCUACAAUUAAAAAUAAGAAAUUCCAAAAUAGACAUACUAAAGAUGGCACCAAGUUAUAGAAUCAAGCAGCUGAAACACAGUCAAUAAUGUGUUUUUCCUAAUGUAAACAAUGGACUGCUUAAUUAAAUCAAAACCUAUAUUUCUAGGGUAAUCAUGUCUACAAAUAUUACUUUAAUAUUUAAUAUUUUUGUUUGUUGGUACUUUAAAUUAUUUAAAAUAUAUAUAUGCUGAUGAGGACACUGUUCAAGUAAUUAUGUCUUAUAAUAAACAUGUGGAUUUCUCAUGUAUAGAAACAUAGAA